UCUAAAUUUGGUAUUUCUGUAUUUCAUUUAUUGUAGUAAAAGGAUGAAUCAAAAUAAGAGAUUACAGUAUUCACAAGAUGUGCACACAGUUAGGGCAGCAACGCCUACUUCCGGAACGGAAAGAAAUAUAGGCAUACUUGCAAUAUGCAGACUCCAAAGUUAUUGGAAAUGGGUCUUUUGGAGUUGUUUAUCGAGCUAAUUUGGUUCAUUCAAAUGAAGAUGUUGCAAUUAAAAAAGUUUUACAAGACAAACGGUUUAAGAAUCGAGAACUUCAAAUUAUGAGAAAACUAGACCAUCGAAAUGUUGUCAAAUUAAAAUAUUUUUUCUAUUCUGCCGGUGACAAGAAAGAAGAAGUUUAUUUAAAUUUAAUUUUGGAGUAUGUACCUGAAACUGUUUAUAGAGUUGCUCGUCAUUAUGCCAAACAAAGGCAGAUAAUUCCAAUUCUUUACAAUAAAGUUUAUAUGUACCAACUAUUUCGUGCUCUAGGAUAUAUCCACAGCAUUGGUAUUUGCCAUCGUGAUAUAAAACCUCAAAAUUUACUUUUGAAUGCUCAGACUUCUGUUUUAAAGCUUUGUGAUUUUGGAUCAGCCAAAAUGCUUGUUCCAGGAGAACCAAAUGUUGCUUAUAUAUGUUCUCGUUAUUAUCGUGCUCCAGAAUUAAUUUUUGGAGCGACUGACUACACAACAAAAAUUGACGUUUGGUCAGCAGGCACUGUUUUGGCCGAACUUCUUUUGGGGCAGCCUUUCUUCCCUGGCGAUUCUGGAGUUGACCAGCUUGUAGAAAUAAUUAAAGUAUUGGGAACACCUUCGCGUGAUGAAAUUGAACAAAUGAAUCCAAAUUAUACAGAAUUUCGUUUUCCAAUGAUUCGAGCUCAUCCUUGGUCGAGGGUUUUCCGUGCACGUACACCCGCAGACGCAAUCGAUCUAGUCUCGAAAUUGUUGAAAUACACUCCUGAUGCUCGUUUGAGCCCGUUCGAAGCACUAGCUCACGAGUUUUUCGAUGAAUUGCGGCUGCCGAAUUGUAAGUUGCCCUCUUCUAAUCCAAUGCCACCAUUGUUUGAUUUCUCCGAUGCUGAAUUGGCUAUUGAUCCGCAACUUCAGGAUAAGCUUUUCCCCAAAUAUGCAGCACAGCAACAAGUUUGUAGUACACCAAGUUUGGCAACUGGCUCAAUGGAGAAUUUUACCGGGGGCGGUAACCACAAAGUAGAGCCAGAAGCAAAAGGAGAAAUGUCUUCAACUUCAGAACACCAAGAGAGAGUAUCAACAGAAUUAGAUAACAGAAAAAAAUCUUCCUCAACGCCAGGAGGAGGUUUGGAAGCUGUAAAUACAGCCACAUCUUCUGUUAUCAAUACAAGUUCUGUUGCGAAUACUUCAGAUUAUGUUACAUCUUCUGCUCCAUUGCAAGGAUAA